AUGGUUACAAGUCUUCCACAACUGAAAAAAAUUCAAGUAAGGAACUGUGAGUUUCUUAAAGAGAUAAUUUUCACUGAGGAACAUGUAGAAGAAACAGAGAUACUAUUCCCUAAUCUCGAAAGGUUGGUGCUCGAAGGUCUUCCGAAGCUGAGCAGAUUCUGUAUUGGGCAUCGAAUUAAAUUUCGGUCUCUUAAACGAUUGCAUAUCAAAGAUUGCGAUGCUUUGAAUACCUUGGUCGCCUAUAAUCAACAAGUUAACUCUGAGACAGAAUUUCUCUUUAAUGGAAUGGUUGGUUUUCCUGAGUUGGAGGAAUUGCGUCUCUCCAAAAUGGACAACUUGACAAAUAUAUGGCACGGUCAGCUCAUGUCUCGUUCCUUCUGCCAACUAAAAGUCUUGAUAAUCCAAGAUUGUCGCAAUUUAUCGAUGGUUUUUCCACCCGAAGAAUUGCUCAGAUUCAAUACACUGGAGAGAUUGCACAUCAGGCGUUGUAAUUCACUGCAAGAAAUAUUCCAAUUCGAAGAAAUGAAUGCUAAUGCUGCAGUAGCAUUUAAACUGAGAGAAUUGAUCGUUUUCUCACUCGAAAACUUGAGAACGAUAUGGAGUCAGGGUCCUCAAACAAGUUUUAUUUUUAAAGAAUUGCAGUCCGUGGAAGCUGUUGGUUGUAAGCUUUUGAAAAAUAUAUUUCCAACCUCCGUAGCCACCGGUCUUUCUCAGCUUGCAAGUUUAACAAUACGAAGAUGCGGAGUGGAUGAAAUUGUAGCAAAAGAUGAAUGUGAAGCAUCAAACCCUGAAUUUAAAUUUCCAAAACUCACCUCUCUUAUACUUGAGAGACUAUUCAAACUAAAGUGUUUUUAUCCUGGGAAGAAUAGUGUCGAGUGGCCAAAGUUGAAAUGUUUGGAGUUCAUUCAAUGUGACAGUGAAAUCAUGUUUGGUUCAGAAAUUACGAACCAUUAUCGAGAAGGAGGAGGAGGUUCAGAAAUUACGAAUUAUCGAGGAGGAGGAGGAGGUGGUUUAGAGAUUACCAACUAUUAUCGAGGAGGAGGUCAAAAUAAUAUCUCCUCUCAACCCUUUUUUAUGUUUGAAAAGUACUAUCACGACUUGGAGGAGUUGACACUGGAUCACAAUGAUCUAAAAAAAUUAAUACAUAUUUAUCAAUCUCCUGCAAGUUGCUUUUCCAAUGUGAUAGUAUUUCGACUGCUAUCCUUAGGGCCCCGAUCGUCCAUUGCUCUGUUCGAUUUCCUCGAAACACUAUACAGUCUGGAGAGCCUUAUUUUUUACCAAUGUGCAUCCAUGGUACUAUUCUCAGAUGAAAAUUAUGUGCCUCCGAAACAUGUGAGCAUAUACAAUUCCUUUUUUCUAAAUUAUAUAUGGAAGAAAGACGCGAGAUCGGAAAUAGUUACUGAAAAUCUUGAGACUCUGACAAUUGGAAAUUGUGGAAGAUUAAUCAAAAUAGUGAAUUCGGGAGCAUCCUUCAAGAGUCUAACGACUCUAAAAGUGGGCAGUUGUCCGCGGUUGGACUUCUUAUUAACCGUCUCGACUGCAAAAACUAUGGUAAACCUCGUCGAAAUGAGCGUAUAUGGUGUCGUUAGGAUGACUGUAGUGGUGGCAGGUGAUGGAAAUAAGAAAGAUCAGGGUGAGGUGGUUUUUAAGAAACUGAAAACUUUGCAACUUAAGGAUGCACGUCGUCUCAAAAGCUUUCACGGAUUGACACAAAAUGCCUUUAAUUUUCCAAUGUUGGAAGAAGUAUGUAUUGAUGGAUGCCCUCGGAUGCAGAGUUUCUCAUUCGGAGUCUUGACAACACCGAAGCUACGGUCAGUUAUAGUCUCCAAAUAUUCACCAAAUAAACAAUUUUGGGACGGAGACCUUAACGCCACCAUUGCAUAUCUGUUUCGAGAGCGUAUGUGGUCAACUUCACUAAAUAAAGUGGUGGUAAACGAAGGAGAUUAGGCGCUCAGGCGAACGGGAGUCUGUUGAGUUUGUGAGAUCUACUUGGAAUUUUUGCUUAUAAAGUUUGCUUAAGCAUCAUUAUUGUUAUUAUUCUGUUUUUUAUACGCUCAAAUAAACAAUUCAAACCUUUCAAUUUUUCUCUCUAAUAGAUCAUUUUUUUCACCA